ACAUAAUGUAUAUCGUGCAUCUGUCCUGUGUAAUUGAUAAUUUCAAUAAAAGUGAAGUACUGCGUUUGGAAUAUAAACUUUCCAGCAGUGUCUCCCAAUUUGAUUCAAUGAUGUUUACUCAAGAUCAUGAUUUUUUACGAAUAGAAUGAAUAUAAGUUCCUUUUUCAGUGUAUUGUACGACAGACUCUGGUCGAUUAAAACGAGAUGAUAAAUGCUGAGAAAUACACAAUACACAUCACUAUUGUGGGAGGAUUAGCUACUGUUUAGUUAAAACAUCCAUAACAUUGAAACUUAAUGCUAGAUAUUUGCAUGGAAGAAGAAUGUUUGACGCAGCAACAAUAUGAAAUUCAUACAAAUAUCUAAAUUUUCUGGAAGAUAGGUAAAACGAUAUCCUGUUAUAAAUAUUUAUGUGUGUAUUUUACAAUUCUUUGUACACUAUUUACAGUUAGGGAGAUUGUAUUUAAUUAACAGAAAAUUGUAUAUUCUAUAUUUAUCAAAUUUUUGGCAUACAAUUAGAGAAACACUGUUCAAAUUUUGUGGAACUUUAAGCGUAAUACACGCCAUGACAUCAGAAACACAAUGGCAAAAAAAUUUGUAUGAAAAUUAUAGCUUGCCAGACAAUUAUACGGAUAGCUCAUUCUUGGAACAGUUACGUAAGAAUAUAAAACCAAAUAAUGUAACAUUAUCAGAAGCAAUAACAUUUGGAGCCAGCAUAUGCAUUCAAUUGAGCAUUGUGAUUCUUUUUGUUAUUAUAUUUAUCUGGUUAAACAAAGAAUGGACCAGUCCUAAUGUCAUCUUUGUAUCGGGCGUAAUCUUAACAAUAUUUGGUUAUUUCGUAUAUUGUGUAACGGAACAAACUACUGUGAAAAAAAUGUCAAAAGAUUUUAGAACUGCAUUAAUUUUUCUCACGUUUGGUUAUAUUUUAUCCCCUGUUUUGAAAACUUUAACCGAAACAAUUAGUACCGACACAAUUUAUGCCAUGACGAUAUUAAUGUUUUUAACUCAUUUAAUAUUUAGCAAAUACGGUUCUCUACAGAUUUCUUUGUCAGAUUCCUUAUCUAUAACAUCUUCAAUCUUUGGGUCAUUGAUGUUAGCAUCCAGAUUAGCAUCCCCGUCGCAUGCUUUUUCUCUUCUCACAGUUGCCGUACAAUGUUUCGUUUUAUUACCGUUUUUAAUGUAUAAAUUAAGUAAGAAAAUACUUAUUUCAAUUUUUGUAACACUCAAUACUUUAUAUUUCCUUUUGUUUAUUUCGCAAACGAUUUCAUACGUUUUUAUUUUAUCUAUAGUAUUUUUACAUUUUAUUUGUCCUUAUUGGUAUGUACGAUGUCAAACAUACAAGGAUAAUAUUUAUGGUCCAUGGGAUGAAGCUGUCAUCACUUCUUAA